GCCGUGCUGGCGGAGGGGGCGUUGCUGUGGCAGCGGCGGGUCCUGUCGCCGCCUUGGGCCUGCCGGGCCGGGGCCGGUCAUGGAGGGGAAGAAGAUGAACCUGCCGCGGGGCCCCGAGAACCUCUGCUUUGACAAGGACGAGUUCAUGAAGCCGGAUUUUGAUGUUGAUCACUUUGUAUCAGACUGCAGGAAGCGUGUGCAGUUGGAGGAGCUCAGAGAGGACCUGGAGCUCUAUUACAAACUCCUUAAAACUGCCAUGGUAGAACUUAUAAAUAAGGACUAUGCAGAUUUUGUUAAUCUCUCAACAAAUCUAGUUGGCAUGGACAAAGCCCUCAAUCAGCUUUCAGUACCCUUGGGACAGUUAAGGGAAGAAGUUAUGAGUCUUAAGUCAUGUGUCAGUGAAGGAAUUCAAGCAGUAGACGACCGAAUGACUAAACAGGAAGAUAUAAGAAGAAAAAAGAUGUGUGUCCUGAGACUUAUUCAUGUUAUUCAGUCUGUUGAGAAAAUUGAGAAGAUCCUACAUUCCCAAGGCUCUAAAGAAUUGUCCUCGUUAGAGGGAAACAGUCCACUUUUAACUGGACAGGUUUUAGAGAGAAUUGCCACAGAAUUUAAUCAACUACAAUUUCAUGCAGUACAAAGCAAAGGAAUGCCCCUUUUGGACAAAGUGAGACCACGUAUAGCUGGGAUAACAGCUAUGUUGCAGCAGUCUCUAGAAGGGCUGCUCUUGGAAGGCCUUCAAACUUCAAAUGUUGACAUAAUACGUCAUUGUCUUCGCACUUACGCAACAAUUGACAAAACACGAGAUGCAGAGGCAUUAGUUGGUCAAGUGCUUGUAAAACCUUAUAUAGAUGAGGUGAUUGUGGAACAGUACGUUCAAUCUCACCCUAAUGGCCUUCAAGCUAUGUACAAUAGACUAUUGGAGUUUGUUCCUCAUCACUGCCGUCUCUUGCGUGAAGUCACAGGAGGAGCUAUUUCAAGUGAAAAAGCAGAUAUUGUUCCUGGAUAUGAUUUCUUAGUGAAUUCAGUGUGGCCAGAGAUAGUACGCGGUUUAGAAGAGAAGUUGCCAUCACUGUUUAACCCUGGAAACCCAGAUGUGUUUCAUGAGAAGUACACUACUAGUAUGGAUUUUGUACGGAAAUUUGAACGUCAGUGUGGCUCCCAGGCCAGCGUGAAACGGUUAAGAUCUCAUCCCUCUUACCAAAGCUUUAACAACAAAUGGAAUUUGCCCGUAUAUUUUCAAAUACGAUUCAGAGAAAUAGCAGGGGCCUUGGAAGAAGCACUUUCAGAUACACUAGAGGAAGCACCAGCUGGCAGCUCAUACUGUCUUUUGGCCACUCACAUGGUCUGGAUGAGUCUUCUGAAGUGCUGGUCAGAUCAAAUGUUUUUACCGUUAUUAGCACACCGUCUGUGGAAACUUAGUCUGCAAAUUUUGGCACGCUACUCUGUGUUCAUUGGUGAGGUUUCUGUGAGGCCCAUUUCCUGUGAGAAUAUGAAGGAAAGCAAAAAAUCGGUGCCAGUUGGUAGAAAGGAAUCUUCUGUAAGCCUCAGCCCUGGUGAAGACCAAGGGAACGAGUCUUCUCCAGAAAGUCAGACAUUGCCUUCUAUAUCUAGUACUCAGUUGGUAUAUGUCGCUGCAGAUCUGGACAAACUCCAGGAUCAGAUUCCUGAUAUCUUAGAAAUGAUUAAACCAAAACUUGAAAUGAUCGGCUUCAAGAACGUAUCUUGUCUUGCAGGAGCCUUGGAAGACUCAAAGACUUCUUUAUCAGCCUGCAUCCCUACCUUGAAUAACAGGAUUAUCCAGGAUCUCAGUGAGUCCUCCUUCGCUUACCUGAAAAGUGCACUGGAAGUUCCAAGAUUGUAUAGGAGAACCAAUAAGGAGGUGCCAACUAAAGCUUCACCUUAUGUCGACAGUGCUCUUAAGCCCUUCUACCGACUGCAGAACGAAUACAAAGAUAUAUUGAAACAGCCCAUGAUUCAUCAAUGGUUGGAAGGUGCCCUCUCUGAAAGCACACAGAAGUAUUAUGAAACUGUGUCUGAUGUGCUAAGUUCUGUUAAGAAAAUGGAAGAGAGCCUAAAAAGACUGAAGCAAGCCAGAAGAAAUGUAACUUCAAACCCUGUUGGUACAAAUGGGGGCAUGAGUGAUGAUAAUAAAAUCCGACUGCAGCUGGCCCUAGAUGUUGAGUAUUUUGGAGAACAAAUACGAAAGAUGGGACUGGAAACAAGCAGCAUAAAAAGCUUUUCAGCCCUUACAGAGCUGGUUCUAACUGCCAAGGAUCAGGCUACAGCAGAGCAAUCCUAGAUAUUUUUGAAAGCAUGUGAUUGAAGAUAAACAAUGUCCCUAAAAGACAGACAGAGAAUUUAACUCUUCUUUAUUUUACCAAACAAGUAGCAAUGAAGUGCUUCCUGAUGUAUCUCAAGCAACAAAUCAGUGCAUCUUCUGUCAAGAUAGACUUGUUUCAUCAAAAGACUGAGAAUUUACCAUCGUUUUCCAUUAUAUGGAAAGCAAUCAAAAGUUCUAAAAUUUCUAUUAUAGAAUAAAAGUGGAAAAUGUUUUUUUUAUUUUUGUUGUACAUCUUAAAAUGUAGAAGAAUGAACUUAUAUGAUGAAAAUAAUAUGUAAUAAAUUGUCUUCCUAACUUUUGAUAUCCUAUAUGUUUUUGAAUCAAAUGUAUUCAUUGACGGCCGUCAAAAGCUUUCCGAUGGGACUUUAUUCCAGCUCUUCUGGAAUAAAGAAAGUGCUCACAGGAAUAGGAAUCCAUUAUUUCUUGUUACUGCUUUGCACUUCCCUACUUUCCCUCAUCAUGGGAUAUGGUUUGUUUGGGUUUUGAAUGUUUUCAUUUUAUUGAUUUGUUUUUUUUCACGGACCUUGUUGGUGAGAAGUGCUGCAUAAAAAAGCUCUUAAAGUACUUUAAAUUUCAAGAAUAAUUCCUAGUAUCAGUAUCUAACUUACUGGCUGUUACAUUCAUGCCACCUGUUUUCUUUCAGACUAAAACUUAAUUCACUAAGCUAGAAUUUAUUCAAAGUUAGCAUAUUUCCGGUUUGUAUUAUAUUGUUUAUUAGAAUUCAGGGGAAGAUUGUGCCUGAGUACUCGUAGAAUUCUUGCAACUUCAAACCUAGUUACUUCAGUACAAAGUGCAUCUUUACAUAGCAGGAAAUUUGAGAGUGUUAUUAGGGUUUUAAAUGGUAGAAGGAUUAACAAAGAGCUCUCUUGAGCCUAGAGUGAUUUGCCUAUUGACAUGUCUCUCUUAUAUGUGAGGGACAGGUAACGCAGUCUGGGGACAGGAGGAGGUGAAUUUGAGGCUUUCAAAUGAGGGAAUGUCUUGUGUGAGUGAAGGAAGGUUUUGUGGUUUGUUUUUGUGUUUGUUUUUUUUUUUACCCUGUGAAAAUUUAACACUAGAAUUCUAGUUCAUGUUUAUUAAUUAAAAAUACAUAUUUAUUCCUAAAGUAUUUAGAGAGUUUGGGUCUUAGAGGGAGAGCCGGCGAUGAUGCCGGUCUUCCAAGUACUUAGAGACAUGGAGUUCGUAGCACAUAGCUGUUAUGUAGCACUGAAGUUGUAGUGAACAAACCUUUCACAGCACUGAGGUGGGUCUUUUCUCACUGUUAGAGAAUUGACUGUGUUUCAGUUGAGAAGACACAACUAUGUGAUCACUGCGCUUUUGAAGCAGUUAGGCUAAGUGAUUAUUCUGACGUUUCUAAAUUUUAUGAAGGAGGUAGGGGGUAAGUGCUAUGUCUUAAAAUUAUGUUGGUGUUCUUGGAUUCAGUCUGAGUAAUGAAGAGCAGCAUUUGGCUCUUCUAAUUUGCUUAGCAUCUCUCUGUUCAUGGCAACACGUACAAUUGAGACAGCAUCCAAAUUUAUUGCUGAAGAAAAACAGCAAAGUGAACCAACUUGCUGGAUGUCAGAUCCGUUUGUCUCAUUCAGUGACGGGGAGAUCCUCAGCCAGCCAAGGGCUGAGGGACACACUGCUGAAUGAACAUAACUCUUACUGUUAUGAACAUGAAGUCUGUGGUCUGUAUUAUAUUUUUACAGGCUUCUAAUUGAUGAACCUGGAAAACUUGGUCUCCCUGCACCUCUGCAUUUGCUUUUCUUAAGAGUUAGGAGUACAGAUGUCUUGCUACCACUAGCUGCUGUUGUUUUCAACAUUUUCUUAUUAUAAAAUGAAUGUGUAAGUUGUAAUACAAGACUGAGAUUGUAGUAUUGUAAAUGCAUUGUGCAACUUCUUAUUUUGGAAGGUAUAGCUCUAUAAACUUAAAUUUCCGUAAUAUCUGUCACAAAAGUAGCAGAUUCUGAGAUCUGUGCGUACUAGUGAGUGAAGAUGGACCAGCUUUGUUUGUUUCCUCUAAAAGCAGGGAGAAGGAUGCUAUCUAUGUACCAAACCAAAAGGGCAUGAAAAGGUUACUUGCCCUUUUGUCACGUGGGGUUUCCCACACCUCCCUGCAGUAACACCACGUCCUGCUUGUCAUCGUCAGCUUGCUGAGUAUACAGGCUGAAUUCUCUUCUCUUCCAUUGAAGACCAGCUUUAAUUUCAGGGCAGGAAAUAACAUUGUAUAGCAAAUCAGAAUUAUUGAAUGGUCGUAUGAUUGCUGUAAAUGUCUAGAUCACUGGUUUUAUGUCAGUUCCCCAUCUUUGAUUUUUGUUCACUUGAAUAGCAUUUAAUUUUCUUUCAGGGGAAUGCGACAUUAGUUAAAAACUUCUGUGGUAACCCUGUUGAAAGAAACAAGAGGUGUGAAUUGGCUUUGUCUUUGGUGAAAUGAAUUUUAGCCUUUUCAAACACUGUGGAUCAGUCAGGAGGAGAGGAUCUACCAUAUGAGUAAGUGUGUUCUGAUAGUGAUGUCUUCUGCUGCUAAUUCUCUUUCUUCUGUUCCUCAGAAUAUUAUUUUUUUAAGUGCACUUCACUUCAUGACAGUAAUGCAGAUUUUGUGCCUUUUUCUUCUUCUAGGAUUUCUAGAAAACUUGCUAUGCCUUUCCAAGGCUGGAAGGAAUUUAGCUGGAAGAGGUUUUGUAUAAUAGCAUUGGGGAGGGAAAGAGUGGUGGCAUGUUUUCCUCUAAAAUGGUAAUUAGAUUCUUAAGUUUGUGGGUAUACCAGAAGUGGACCAGACUGUUUUAACCUCGUCACCUCAAGAUAACUAGCAAUAUGUGUAUUUGGCUGGACUACUCAAUAUUGAGGAAUAUUUACUCCGCUUUUUCCAUCAGCAGUUGUAUUUUCAUGCUUGAACUAGAGGGAUGAGGAAGCAAACUGCCUAGAUUUUUUAAUUAUUUUUUUUUAAGCUUAUCAGCAUAAGUGUCAGCUAUGCUCAGGGAUAAACUGGGUUGUUUUGAUGAAGCUUAAAAAGUCUGUCCUUGUCUUUGCUUUCUUUCUCCAAAUCUCCCAUCUGUUAGAGCAUGAUUUGAGGUGCUUCGUUGGUGCUGCUGAGCUGUGGACUGCAGCUGAGAGCUCAGGGUGUGAAUGAUGCUUAGGAUGCUUGGAAUGGGCAUCACUCGGUGCCUGGCAGGGGAAUUUGGUGGAACCGGAGGAGACCACUAGAUGAGAGUGAGGAAAAUACCAUAAAAAUUUUAGAUGUAAAAUUGAUGUCAGAAACAAGUUUCAGGCGUAUGUAUUGUUGGGGAAGCGGAGAAAUUUAGUUGGGGGGGUUGGGGUGGGUUUUUUGUUUUGUUUUUUACCAUUUAAAUAUGUAAGAGAAUGGUACAUGUGCAAUUAACUUAUCUUUUUGGUACUGUAGCACUUGCUCCAGCACCUCUCUCUUCCCAGUUCCUUGCUCUGGCCAGUAUACUUUUAGUUCCAUAUCUUGGCCCUUUCUUCCUUCCUUUUCUUCUCCAGGGUGUCGGUGGAGAGGUGCUCUCCACCACAAAGUUUCUUUUCUGAAAAGUGUUUGGUUUGUGGGUGGUAGGGUUUGUUUCUUUGUUUUUCUGCCUGUAAUCGCUGUACAGGGUAGUGAGCCUUCCAGCAGCAGGCAGCCCCCACCCGUGAAUAAUGGCAUUUUGUCCCAGAACUUACUGGCAGGGUGGCCAGGGGCUCCCCUUCGUUAUCCUCCAUCUUCAUCACGGAAAUGGAGCAUUUUGUGGUCUGAAAUUUUGUUUGCGGCUGAUGCUACCUUUUGACUUUAAUGAGGAAACAGGAUAACUUUUAAAUUAGUAUGAACACUUGGAAGCUGCUUCUUUCGUGCUUACAGCUGUAUCAUUGGCUGUAUUGCAUGAUAAUUUGCAAUUUACUGUCUUAAAAAGCAUAAACCUGACUUGGAGCAAAUUUCAGAAGCCAGAACAAGGGAUGUAGUUAUGGACAUAAAACCAGCUGAACUGUGGCAAAGCAACUUGGAAGUGGGUUUAUUUGCAUCUUUCCGUCUCUGCGUAUUUGUAGUUAAUUGCUUCUGUAUAUAUGAUAAACAUACUAUAUUUAGAUGUUAGAGCAUCUGGAAUACAUACAGUAUAAUCGGAUAAAUACAUGGAUGCUAUAUCAUAGCACUUGAAACCUUAGUAUUCUCAAGAGUGAGUUGUGUUACUUAUUAGUCUUUUCCGUUAAGCUAGAAGGAUCCAUCGUGUAUCUCCAUGAGCGACAGCAAGCCACUGGUAUUAAUGGGUUUGCAUUGGAUGAACAUUUGGGCCAUUGUGGAUGACAAGGAGCUACCAUGCUCUGUAGGAUACAUCUGGCAUCAUGUACCAAUGAGGUUUGCAGUUAUUUUCUAAACGCCAUCGGUGCUAAAGACAAAUCUAGAGAUGACAGAUGGAAUAUCCUUGUUCCACUGAGAGGCUUUCCUUAGUACCAAGACUUCAUUCCCGAUUCCUCACUUCCCAAUUCAAGAGUCGUCUAAUAAUCUGUUUUUCCAGUUUAAUGUUUCAAACCUUUAUGACUCUGUUAAGAGUUGGAUUGGACCACUGAAACGUUUUGAUUCACGUGUACCAGCCCAUCCAUCUUUUAUACUAAUACAGAUUACUGCCAUUAAUGCUAUUGUUUAAGAAGAGAUGGUUUGGAUAUGUUAAAGUUUACAGAUCUGUGCUGCUCUAACAGUACUGUUCUUUGUCACUAUAAGGCUGUAAUAAAUGCCUCUAGGGUUGGAAAGUAAUCCAAGGAAUAGAAUUGUAUUGGAAUAGCAGGCCUUCCCGCCCCCC